GGUAGAUAUCUACAUUCUGAAGAUAAAAAAAAAUUCAUACGGUUUAGUCAGGGUUUAGUACCGAUAGCUCAUUUCCGGUUUUCAAAUACGGAAGUACAAUUUGUGAAUGAGUAAACACAAACAUUAUAAUUUGAGACAAACAAAAUAGGAAAAUGACUUUAAUGGAGUUUUUUGGCUGUACUUUUAUCGCCUUUGGACCUCCAAUAGCAUUAUUUAUCUUUACUAUUGCUAAAGACCCAAUGAGAGUAAUUGUUCUCAUUGCUAGUUCAUUUUUUUGGUUGAUAGCCCUCUUGAUUUCAUCCAUACUAUGGUUUGCAGUGGUUCCUCUAAGAGAAACAUUAGCCUUUGGCUUGGUUUUUUCUGUGCUCUUCCAAGAACUUUUCAGGUUUCUCUUCUACAAGAUUAUGAGAUUAGCCAAUGAAGGUUUAAUAAAAGUCAGCCAACAGUCAGACAACUCAAAUAUAACUCCCAGAGACUUUGCCAACACACAUAUUAUGGCUUAUGUAUCUGGACUUGGCUUUGGACUUAUGUCUGGAGCCUUUUCUUUGAUCAAUGUUCUGGCUGAUUUGUGGGGCCCUGGCUCAAUAGGGAUUCAUGGAGAUUCAAAAUAUUUCUUUUGGUCCUCGUCGUAUCUAACUUUAUGUUUUAUCCUGCUACAUACUAUGUGGGGUGUCAUCUUCUUUGCUGGAAUGGACCGGAAGUGCUAUUUCUAUGUGGCUUAUGUUGUAGCAACUCAUAUGCUGGUUUCAUGUCUGACACUAUUGAAUCAGCUGAGCAGCAGCACUGACAGCGCCAUCUACUUGGGACCACUGAUUCCAGCAUACAUCAUUUUAGUUGUCUCAGGAAUAUUUGCCUUCUACACAGCUGGGGGCUCACUGGCAAACAUCAAAAACUGUGUAACUUGUAGAAAGAGGCGAUAUCAGAUCGAAUAGACAAAUUAAAUAAACAUAGUUCUUUAACUGAGCACUAUGGGUUAAUACUUAGUGGAUUGCAAUAAGAGUUUUAAUAUUUUGUUAUUGAAGACUUUUUGGGCCCUUAACCCAAACCUGCCUAAAGAUUUAUAACAAGUUUGAACACACGAAAAAAGAAAUUAAUACUAUUGGCAGCAGUGGGUUAAAUAUCUUGCAGCAGCUUUUUUUUUUUUUUUUUUAAACCUUAUGCUUGACAUUUCCUUUUCACUUUUCAUGUUAGCUAAUAAAUGUCUUUAAACAGGUAGAUAACUCUGGUUAUUACUAAUGGUAUUUGCCAGGUUUAGUUGAGGUCACAACAUUCUUCUAACGUAAGAUUACUUGUCACAGAACUGGCAUGAGGCCUCAUAACUUUCUUUGCUUAUUAUUAUUUGGCUAUAGCCCCAAAGAAAUAAUGGACAUAAAGAAUAAAAAAUAUAACAUGCAGUAUGAGAUACAAAUAUCACCCUAUACUUUUUAAUUUUGCUUUCAAGUCCUAUCUAUUUUUGUAUAUAUAUUUUUUUUUUCUUUGUGCGCUAAAUAUUUUUAUUUAGUUUUGAAUACAAACAAAAAAUUGUUUGUCUUUGGAAUUUUAGCUUCUGCAUCGAUACAUGUGAAUUCUGUUUGUUAGACUUGAAAGACCAAGCAGAUCAUAUUGAUAAUCAUUCUGGGCUAAAAUUAUGGUCUGUGUAACAUAUUCAGCCCAUGACACGCUGGUGUCUGGCCCAUCAAAAGGCAUGUCCGCAUCCAUAAGAAGCAGCAAAGGCUCAAAUCCAUUGGACUCUUACUAUUUAUUGCGAUGAUGUGGCUCUUGAAAGGCUUAUCUGUCAUUUAAAUAACACUCAGGUUGAAAAAAGGUUGCAUCCACUGGUGUAGAGUAAUAGAAAUGAGAAGUCCACAAAAUCUAGAUUGAGAACAAAAUUCAACUAACAGAGAUACAAUCUGAUUAUUUCAGACAUUUUAUCUAAAUAAUGUUUUAAAUGUUUUGUUGCUUUUUUUUACAAAGCUUAUUUCAACUCACUCUGUCUGUCUGGUAAAAAGUUUGAACAUGUUUUUUCUCCCAUUUCCCAUUCUUGGAUCAAGUUAAAACUUUUCACAAUUAUUUAUUAAACCUGACAGGACAUAAUUCAAAAAAAAAAAUUAACCAAGUAGUUAAUUAAUUGUUUGUGAUUUAUUGUUUUGUUUGAUAUGGAAAUAAGGGAAAUAAAUGUUACUUAAUGAGUGAUGUGGAUGUAUGUAUGGAUUUAAUCCCUUUAUUACAUUUUAAAAUGCUUUUUCUCCCAGCUCCCAUUCUAAGAUCAAGUUAAAAUUUAGCAUAAUUAUUCAUAGUCGAUGAUAAUACACAAAUCAAUCAAAAAAAUUAACCAAUUAAUUAAGCAUUUAGUACUAUUUAAUUAAUUUUGUUUCAUAUAGUAGAAAGGGAGCUAAACCAUGUAAUUUUCAGAUAAAUGACAGUAAUUAGCUGUUCUUUCCCUUCAGCUUUGUUUUUUAAAAAAGUAAUCUUUUUUCUAUUGCUUGUUUUUUUUUCUGACCUAUUGUUUGAUAUUGCUUUUACAUAAACUGGUCGAAUUGUACAAAUUCUUUUAAAUUAUUGUAGCUGUUCAAAAUGGUGACUGAUGUAGAUGAAAUCUUUGCCAUGUAUUAUCUCUUCAUUAUACAACCCCACCAUUGCUUCAGACUUGUUCAAGAAACAACCUACCUUCAUCUUUUUUGUUUUGUUUUUAAAUCCUAAGACCAAAUGCUGACAAAGUUAAUACAUUUUUACUGUAAAUAAAAACAAAAUAUUUUUUAAAUUCA